UUCAUCAACUUAUCUCGAGAAUCGUCUUUCUUGCUUAUUAUCUUUCGUGAGCCUCUUAUUGCUGAGAAAAAAACAGGAUUUAUUUUUCGUGUUGUGAUUUUUUGUUGUUUCUUUGUUUUUGUUUUUUUAUAUAGUUUGUCAAAAUGCUACUCUGGUUAAAACUACUUCUCUCACGUUGACUAUAAAUCUACCUAAUGAGUCAGUGGAUUAACAGGUUACUUACUGGAAAUAUCAAUUGUUUGAAUUUACUAUCUAAAGGGGAUUAUCACUAAAUCAACUUUUAUCCAUCUCAACAAAACCUCACACAUUCAAAAUCAAUAAUAGCAGAGGCAUCAUCAACAUUCUUCGUUUUCGUUAUCUCCUCGCUACCAGAUAAAACCAAAAGCCAAAAGCCCUACAAAUUAAAAUGGAUACUUUUCGUGAAGGGCUCAAUACACCUCCAAUGACAAUAACUUUCCAUGAUUACUUUGACGAUAGCUUUGAUGGUCAUCAGUUUGACAUGUUACAAGCUGCCCCGACAACAAUCACCAAUAUAGACGCUAAUGGAAUGACUGUUGGUUCUGUUGAGGGUCAAAAUAUUGAUGGUAAUCAGAUUAAUUAUGACAGCAGCAUACACUUGUUAACAUCUUCAGCUCCACUGCCAUCAACAUUAACAAGUGGUGGGCACAACUCUUCUAUUACUUCUAAUUUGGAAUGCUUAACAAAUCAAUUUAUCUCUAAUACGGGGCACUCCUCAUCCACAAAUCUCAAUGUUGACAACUUACCAAACAAUCUAUUACCUGGACAACAAUCAACUGAUUUUCUAGUUGACCAAGAAAACUCAGGUUAUAUUCACCAUAGCAUAACAGAGGACCAGAUAACUAUGCAUGUUCAUCCAGGGAAUAGUCCAAUGCCACGAAAUCCAUCUCAUGCCAUGUUAACUAUAGAAACUCGUAAUGAAAAUACCAAGAAGAGGGAAUACAGAGUAUUCCGAUGUGAAUUCAAUGACUGUCGACGAACUUACUCUACUGCUGGUAACCUGAAGACACAUCAUAAGACACACACUGGAGAGCUUACCUUUGUAUGUAAUCAAGAAGGUUGUGGAAAGGCUUUUUUAACAUCUUACAGUUUACGCAUUCAUACUCGGGUACAUACCAAGGAAAAACCUUUUGAAUGUCAAAUUAAUGGAUGUGAGAAGGCAUUCAAUACACUUUACCGACUUAAGGCACACAAGCGACUUCACACUGGUAACACGUUCAAUUGUUCAAGCGAUGGUUGUGUCAAAUUUUUUACUACUUUAAGUGACCUUAGGAAACAUUGGAGGACUCAUACAGGAGAAAGACCCUACAAAUGUAACCAACAAGGUUGUGGUAAAUCAUUUUCGGCUAGUCACCAUCUUAAAACCCAUAUUCGAACUCAUACAGGAGAGAAACCAUAUUCAUGUAACCAGGAAGGUUGCCGUAAAUCAUUUACUACUCAAUAUAGCUUGAAAAGCCACUUAACCCGUCAUCAAUUGAAAAAAUCAAAUGGAAAUGAAAUUAGCAGCAAUAAUAAUUCCAAGAAUGUUAAACAACGGAAAGAUGAAGACAAUGUCUCUAACUUUGUUGACGACAAUCAAGCUACUACAUCUAUGGUAACAUCGUUAUCAUCACCUCAAUCUUCUUCAUGUUCAUCAUCAAGCUCAGUCUCGUCUUCACAUUCACCUCACCAAUGUAGUAGAACGUCUACAAUAAUUUCUUAUGUUGGUACAUUAUCAUCGUCAGCCUCAUCAUCAACUUCAUCUUUACCUAUCAAUAUUUGUCAGGGACCAACUUCUGAGUCUCAUGCAGCCAUAAAUAGCAAUGGGAUGAACUGCGAGCUUUUAGAUAAUGUUAAUAGCAACAACAGUAGCAAUAGUAUUAUUAAUAAUAAUAGAAAUAGUAGCGAAAGUAAUAAAUGCAAUAACAAUAACAGUGACAACUGCAAUACAUGUAACAAUAAUAACAAUAUUAGCAAUAACAACAAUAAUAAUAAUGGGCUAUUAGUUGCCAAUUUUAAUACCUUGAAUAGUUCAGUUGAAGGUUUCAAUGAGACUGCUUCUAAUGUUGUCAGAGAAUGUACCUCCGGUGUAAUUAAUGGAUCGGCUCCGAUGGAUGUAUUAAACUCCGUUAAUGUUGAAAUGUUUGCUUCUCAUUCAGUAAACGCAAUUCAAUUGAUACCUCAAACAACUGAGAAUGCCACAGCUUACACUUUUCUACCGAUCACUACGGAAACUCCGGCAAAUCAAUAUUUACCCGUUGAAAUGUCUACAAUUAUCAAUAUCUCUUCACCUUAUGGGACUUCUACAAAUCAUGGUGAAGUAAGCAACAACAAUGCCAAUAACAAUUGUGAUAACAGUGAUCAUAAUAGAAACAGCGAAAACACCAACGAUAAUAGAAACUCUGAUUGUCCCAAUAACGGUGAAAACAGUUCUUUUGACCAUGCAAAGGAGAUUAAAUUUUCAAAAGAUACAAAUUUUAUACCAACUCAUGGAUGCUGUGAUCCACAAAAUAUUAUCUUUGGAGCUGCAACUCAAGCCGACAUUUGCAAAUGUGAUCCUGGUCAAUGUCGUAAAAAUGGUCUUUGUUGUCCUGGCUGUCCUGGUGAGGACAUGUGUAUCGAAGAAUCCAAUUCAAAUAUUGCAAAUAAUUAUGCUAAAGUAGAAAGUUCAUCAUCAUCAUCAACAAUAACACUACCAAUUAUUGCUAUUCCAAAUCAAUCCAUUUCUUCGUCUUCUAAUCUGAAUGGUUCAAAUUUACCAGACAAUUAUUCAGAUAAUUUGGGACAUUCUUGUUGUGCCUAAUAUUUUUUUUUGUUGCAAAAUUACCAGAUUUUGUCUAUCAACUGUGUCCUGUUUGAUUUUCUUUUCAAAUUUUAUCUCCGAUUUGAGUUGAGUUGUUCAAGUUUUUCUCUCAUCGUUGGUAGCUGUUAAACUGUUGCUGGAAAUUUUAUUUUACGUUCUUGUCGCUUUUUAAUCAUCCUUUUUGUGGCCAAAAUAGGCUGUUGAAUUUCAUCGAUUUAAAUUAAUCUAAAGCGGAUCAAUAUGCUAAUACUGCAACUAAUGUAAUUUUUUCCCCGUUAAUGGUCUCUUUUGGGUCAUCAUCGUCCUAUUGCCUUUUUCUGUGCCUAGCUUGGCUGCUCAGUUUGUCUUAAAGAUGAUUAUAUUGUUAAAUAUAUAAAUAAAUAUAAAUAUAUCAGUUAAUAGAUUAUGAUUUAACUAUCAUUACCAUAUUAAUGAAAUUACUUGUAUAAUGUUGAAAAUAAUUAUGAAAUGAGAUGAAUUGAAAUAAAAUUUCUGCCUUCAUUUUACACAUGAAAAAUAAAACAACAUCGACUUCUCUGAAUGUAGUCAAAUUGUCUUGAUCAUUGUCAGCAA